AUGCCUGGUGAGAAUGCACCGCGGCUAACUGCAGUGCCCGUCUACGCACAACACCAACAACCACUCCACCCGCCGCCCUCUUCUCCACCCGUCCCCCAGCACCAGCACCAGCACCAGCACCAGCACCAGCAGCUCUCUCCCCUAACCCAGCUGUCGCCCUCCACCGUCAAGGCCUCCCCCCAGCAGACUCCAGGCCCCCUUGAUGCAGGCAGCGGUAGUGCCGAACCCUCCGCGAAAAGAGGCAUGCGCUCGCAAAUUGCCUGUGCCAGAUGCCGCCGAAGUAAGACCAAGUGCGAGAAUGCCGGCCAGGGCACAACGUGCAAGGCUUGCGCAAACACCAAACGUGACUGCAUCUGGGACCAUGCCGCUGCCCCAACCGCUUCAGCGCCGCCCCGUCGCGACAGCACCGCCGAUUUCGAUGCCCCGCCCAAGAAGCGCCGCAAGCUGUUGGCCACCACGACGACGACAACCACGCCCGGCGGCCAGCGUCCCGUAGACGGGCUCGGCACCUACGAAGAUGCCCUCCAGUCGCCCUUGCUCACUGCCCAGGUCUGGGAAGAGCUGUUUGACAUUUAUGAGAAGCACUUCUCCAUUGAUUUUCCCUUCCUGCACAAGAGGACCUUUUUGAGCGCGGUGCAGCAGCUGCAGCCCUUGCCCAACCCCUCGGAUGCCAAGCCGCAGCCGCAGCCGCAGCCUCACGCCCAAGCCCACCAGCCCUAUCCGCCUCUGCUGCUUGCCUUUCUCACCCACACUGCCCGCUUCCAUGAAAAACUCGUGCUGCAGACGGGCAAUGAUCCCAUCAGGACGGCUGAAUUCUAUGCCCAGGCCACGCGCACCCAGAUGGGCGCCGAGAUCUUCGGAACCCCGACCCUGGAGAAGAUCCAAACCCUCCUCAUGCUGGGCUACUAUGAAUGGACCGCGCUGCAGGGUAGGGAGGGCUGGAUCAAGAUUGGCACCGCCAUUCGCUGUGCCAUUGUCCUGGGCUACCCCCACCUAGACGUGGAUCAAAAGGGCCACCCGGCCCCAUUGCGAGAAGGCGAGAGCCGCCUUUCGGAAAAAGACCAGUUUAUCCUGCGCGAGACGCAGCGCCGCACCUUUUGGAGCUGCUGCCUCAUGGACUCGUAUCUCAGCUGGGGAGAAGACAGGCCCCCAAUGCUGGGGCCCGAGCACUUCCAAAGAACCCAGCUCGUGUGUAGUGAUGGCGCUUUCAACUACGGCCGCAAAGCACGGACAAGACUGCUGGGCGAGGACGAUGCGGCCUAUGCCAAGCGAAGAGACGAGUGGGAUGCGCUUGCCCGGCAGCAUCGCAGCGAGCAGAACGGCGCCGACCGGGCGUCUCAGUUGGACGGUGGAAAGUGGGAAAUUGGCGAGCACGAGGCCGAACUGACGUGGUACAUCAAAGUCGUCAUUGUCUUUGGUGAAGUCGUUCGGUGGUCGUGCAACAGCGGGCGGCGGCAAGAGGGUAAGAAUGCGCCAUGGCACUCGACGACAACCUUCAAGAAACUCGAAGACAAGCUCAAGCAAUUGAAGCGCGACUUGCCCGACCACCUCCAGCUGACGGCCGAGAACACCGAAGACCGCAUCUACAACAACCCGGGCAAGUAUGUUUCGAUACACGCCAUGUACACGUUGUGUUUUGUUUGGUUAUACAGAGAAUACAUGCCCACAUCACCAUGGACUCUGACGCAUCCCCGAGGCCCUCUGGACGAGCCGCUCAUUGACGAACCUCCCCCCGACCCGGACUACUGGAUCAACCAGGCCAGGAACUGUGCAAGGGCCUGCAGCGACUUUACCCAACUGCUCCAUACAAUCGGGACCACUCGAGUCCACAGCGACUCGGUGCAGACGCCCAUGGUAGCAUUUGCUUGCUUUGCUGUUGGCAUAUGCACAAUCUACUGCCAUUACUUCCCCAACAUGGACCCUGACAACAUGCUGUCAUCUCGCUUAGACCCCAGAGCCCACGAUAUUGCCAACAGCUUCCUGUUCCGCAUUCUAAAACGCUUCAAGAUGGCUCGCUCAUGGCUCUGUGAGCUAGCUGAAUGGCAACGGUAUUACCGGCGCGAGAAGAAAAAGUACAGAGAAUGCGGUGGUUCCGUCAGCGAUUCGCCAACGAGCAACAACAGCGAUGGUGUCAGCAGCGGCGGGCUGAAAGACUACGCAGAGCUCUUUGAACGAAUGCACAAGCAAUUUGGCAAGACGGUCGAUGACUACAGCAAUUGGUCGACGAGGGACAUCGACUUGGCCGACACCAGAUUGUCGCACGAUGAAGACUCGGCGGAGCGCACUCUUCCACACGCGCCCGCUGCCAUCAAGCCUGAAAAGGAAGGUGCAUGUGACGACGCACCAACCCAUCAAGACCCGAUCCCAUCGGCCUUUACACCUGUGAAUGGCAACGGCAUCCGGACGCCGCCCAUGACGCAAACUCCGACUUAUGGGCCCCAAACGAACUCUCACAUUUAUCACCAGGACUCUACACCCCAAUACCGAGCACAUACCUCGCAGCCCAAUGCUACGUAUCCGUACAGCAACGGUUCCGUCGCCUCGACCAAUAUGCCAACUGGGAGAGGUUCUUUCGAAGCUGGCCAAAACCACUUUACACACGCUACUCCUCUACCCAUUGAUGCUACUACAUACACGGGCUGGCCUAUAGCAGGACCAGUCAAUAUGCAUGCAGCGAGAGCAGCCAUAGAGGCAGGGGGCGCACAAACUUUCAAUAACUCUACCGCCUUUGGAACACUGAUUCUAGGCGACGCAGCGCUCUACGACGUGACGCCCAACUGGACCAUGGGCGUCGAGGUAUCUAAUUACGACAGCAACACUACCAACGCAACUUAUUAUCAGCCAGGUGGCACCGUUCCCACCUACCAGUAUCAGCAGUCUUGAGCUGCACCGAGACGAGUCUCAUAUUGGAUGCCUACGCGCAUACCCCGGGAUAGACGACCGCUUUGAAUACGUGACGAUGUGUCACAACGAAUGCUUCGGCAUAUAUACCACAAGUCCUUUUAAUGUACAUAAUCUUUUUUCUUUGCGCGGCCGGCGCAUGUUGCUGUGGUUUGGUUCCAAGCAUUGUAUCGCUGUUUGGUGCAUAUCGGGAUGGAGAUGCACAUGCGGAGUACAUUUUUUUUCCCUAUUUCUUCACUGUCUCUAUCGCAUCGAGAAUUCGGGGUUGGAACUGUUGUUUUUCUUGGACGGCGCAUUGUCGAACUCUGGACGGGGUUCAUCGCAUCUGGCAGCAAGGGUACAUGGAAGCGAUAUUCUUACCUUCAAGCUC